GUGUGCAGGAGGACCUGAUAGAAAGGAAUGUGUAGUAUUGAUGUAAAACGUUGUGUGUAUAAACGGUAGGGGUACACAUGGUGCUGGAGAUCAGAUGUGUCCAGUGAGAGAAAGACAGGUUGAGGUUACCAGGAUCACAGUAGUGCAGAAGGUGUUGUAUGCUGAGGCAGUGAAGAGAGUAGUAGAGGAAGAUGGGUCCAGGGUGAGGGAUCCUGAGAGGAUCCCUGUAAUUAGGCCGAGGUCAAUAGAGAGUGACAGGAAUAACAUGCUUCAGUAAGUUUUGGCCAAGUUCAUGGCCAUGGUUGUCAACCGUACCGCAGGAAUAGAAUGUAAAUCACAUUGGAUAGAUGUUGUGGUGGCAGCUGUUGAGAAGUACUUGGGUGUAUAAUAUUUUACUGCAUAUUUACAAGGUGUUUUGAAGGAUAAUAUCCUGUCCUCCCAGGAUGCUGGCCUGGUGUUGAAUUAGAGGGCCAAAGUAGUGGAAUAAUGAUGAGGUUUUAAUGGGUGUAGGGUUAGUUGGUUUUUCACAAAGUGUAAUGAAUUCAUACUACAGAAUAGUAGGCUGAUACACAGCCGAUACACUAGGUGGGGGCGUGCACCUAUAGUCAUUGUUUUGCGGACCGCCAUAACACUAAAGAAGAAGAAGACCACUUCCUUCUCAACAUCUCUGGAUCUGGUCUGUAAAGCGGAAGAAUUAUAAAUCAAUCCAUUUUUUUUGGUCACAUACUUGUGUUUAGCAGAUGUUAUAGCGGGUGUAGCGAAAUGCUUGUAACACACUGACUACUUCGGAGGUUGCAUUGCUGUAAAUGCUGCAUGCUUCGCAGCACGUAUAGCUUGUAAUUUGGUAUUUUUUAGGCCACACCUCAGACAAUUAAAACUAUCUGGAAUCUCGGAAGAGGACGUUGUUCCAACAGACUCUGGGAUAGAGGUAGACGACAACAGGAUUUUUGGUGAAUAGGGUGUUGGACGUUUUAUUGACUUUAAUAGAUUACAAUCAUAUCCAGGAUCUUUCUGAAGUAAGAUUAGGCUACAUCAGACAUAUAUUUGUCAACGUUAGUCGAGUGUUGAUAUUUAAAUUAACGUUUGCUCUGGUCUAGCUUUAUCUGAACGCGGUAACAAAGAAAGUAACUAGUGUAGGCUAGCUACAGAUUUACUGUCACGUUUUUUAUUUGAAGAAACGCUGAAGAAAGAACGGCUUCAACGAUGGUUCAGGACAGAGCUAGUCCGUCCCCCUCCACCCUGCCGGAGUCCCCUGGUCACAACUCUCCUGGUAGUGCCUUACUGCUGGAUCUGAAGAGGGUUUCUGUGCUGCUGGUCGACUGCAGGAAAACACCAGGGCAGAGUGGAACUGUGAGAGAAGGACACGAGGAGGGAGAUGGAGAUCUGAUUUCAUCAAGGGACACCCUUAACCAUCGUUCUCUUAGUGGGAGGGGCUUAUCGUCUGGGGAGCCUCAACAACAUGUUGCUGAGGAGACAGAGAAGAGUCUCUCCAGAUCAGAACAUCUCAAGAAACACCAGCAGGGACGUACAGGGAAGAAACCUCACCACUGCUGCUCUGACUGUGGGAAGAGUUUUACAAGCCAGAGUGGCUUCAUUAUUCACUGUGAUCAGUGUGGGAAGAGUUUUGCUGCAUCUAACACCUUCAAAUCUAAUGUAAGAAUUCAUACAGGGGAGAAGCCUUACCCCUGUCUUGAUUGUGGGAAAAGCUUUGUUAGUGCAGGAGCCUUAACUGUACACCAGCGUGUACACACAGGAGAGAAACCUUAUAGCUGUGAUCAGUGUGGAAAGAGCUUCAAUCAGUCAGGCCACCUGACUACACACCAGCUAAUGCACACUGGAGAGAAUCCUUAUAGCUGUGAUCAGUGUGGGAAGAGCUUUGCUGUACUUCCCUCCCUGACUAGACACCAGCUAAUACACACUGGGGUGAAGCCUUAUAGCUGUGAUCAGUGUGGGAAGAGCUUUGCUGUAUCAGAAACACUAACUAUACACCAGCGCAUACACACAGGAGAGAAACCUUAUAGUUGUGAUCAGUGUGGAAAGAGCUUUGCUGUAGUUUCCUCCCUGAUUAGACACCAGGUAACACACACUGGAGAGAGAACCUAUGUCUGUCUAUGUGGGAAGAACUUUGCUCUAGCUUCCACCCUGACUGUACACAAGAGAACACACACUGGAGAGAAGCCUUAUAGCUGUGAUCAGUGUGGAAAGAGCUUUGCUGUAUCAGAAAAACUAACUAGACACCAGCGAAUACACACAGGAGAGAAGCCUUAUAGCUGUUAUCAGUGUGGGAAGAGCUUUGCUCAAUCAGACAAUCUAACUAGACACCAGCGGAUACACACAGGAGAGAAGCCUUAUAGCUGUGAUCAUUGUGGAAAGAACUUUACUCAGUCCUCAGCCCUGAAUUCACACAAGCUAACACACGCUGGUGAGAAAGAAGCCUUAUAUCUGUGAUCAGUGUGGGAAGCGUUUCAGUCAGUUAUGGACCCUUUAUUCACACCAGUGAACACACACUGGAGAAGGAGCCUUUGGUCUGUCUAGGUGGGAAGAGCUCUGUUUAUUUAGGGCCAAUGA